GCAACAUCUUCCGAUCCUGGUUUUCUAACGCAAAAAUGGCCCCAGAAGCCCACCUCUCGCAUCUCCAUCGCGCAGACGGCUCCGCGACUUACACACACAACGGCUACUCCGUCAUCGGCGCUGUGAAUGGCCCCAUUGAGGUCCAACGCAGAGAUGAGAUGCCCGAGGAAGCUACCCUGGAGAUUCACGUGAGACCUGCCGCUGGUAUUGGAAGUCCCAAAGAACGCCACUUAGAAACCCUUCUCCACAACACCCUCCGUAGCAUCAUCCUGACGCGGAGCAUACCGCGAACCCUCGUCCAAAUCACACUGCAAGUUCGGAGUCUGCCUGAAGGGGGGACCGUAACUGAUGUGAACACUAGUCUAGCGCUCCUUCCCCACCUCCUUCAAACCGCACUCCUCACCCUCCUAAGCGCAUCCAUUCCCCUGUCUACAACCCUGACUUCCGUGCUCGUCGCUAUUCCAGCGUCGAAAUCUUCCAAGCCUAUAGCACCGCUGCUGGCCCCUACGGCCGAUGAUCUGCUGCGUGCAAGACCAAUACGGUCGACUCAUGUCUUCGCGUUCUCUGGAAAUAGGAAAUUGCUGUUGAAUGAGAGUCACGGCGUGUUCACUUAUGAGGAGUGGGACGAGGCGUGUGAGAUGGCUGAGGAGGUGUGUUGUAAAGACAAGGGGGGGGUAGGGUUGAACGAAGGUGUGGAGGUUGAUGGAAGUCAGGUUAAUUUGGAUGAGUGGUUGAGGAGUGUGGUGAAGAGAAAGGUGGAAGUGGAACAAAGGUGGAGGAUUGCUCCUUGAGGAAGGCGCAAGGGAAGAAUGAAGAUAUCGAAGAUAUGAUCGGUGGAUCUUCACGUGGCUUUGGCUGCUUAUGGACGGCCGAUGCACUGUCGAACGAGUGUCACGACAGCGCAGGCUUUGCUAGCUGCGAGGGCUGAACGACUCGUCUGCCAUGCAGCGAACUGAGUCUUAGGGUUGCGUGGGGCUGCCACCAUCCUCGCGAGAGCGCUGCCCAUGAGGGCAGGAUGUAACAGCUCAUUGGCGAUAUUCGUCACCAUGAUUCAGGUAAUGAUUCAGUGUGGU